AAAAUGAAACGUAUUACUGUGAUUUUGAUGUGAACGGAAACGUUGUGUUUUGUCUUCCUGGUCUGGUGGUCUGUGGAACACUCUGAACGAAAAAAAAACAUUGAAAAACAACGGUUUUUAAUAAUAAAAAUUAUUUUAAAAUAAAAAAUAAAUUUUUUGGAUAUUUUGGGCUUGGACACAAAAAAAGCUUUAAACACAGUACCAAACAAGAAAAGCCACAGGAAAAACAAAAGAAAAGUAUUGAAGAAAAAUUAAAAAUACAAAAGAGUAAAAAUUGAAAAAAGAUAACCUACAAAAUAUCCUGAAUUAAAAAGCCACGCAAUAAAAAAGGAUUAUUUCUUUGUGUUCAAAAAAUCAAAAACAAGAAAACAACAAAAAAUAGUGUUAUAAUUUUUUUGUGCAGAAAAAUUAAACAACAAGUGAUUUUUUGUGGAAACCAAAAAAUUUGUGAAAGCUGUGAACUCGGAAAGAAAAAAUUCAAAACUGAAACUUUGCUGAUAUCAACCCAAAGGAGAGAGUUUUUGAAACGUUUUACAUAAAACGUAAUUUAAUCGUAUUUUUUAGUGUUUUAUAAAACAAAAAACCUUUACAAAAUGAAUUUACUUACCUCAAUCUACGAUGGCUGGCGGGAUCUUAUGGACAACAAAUCGGAUCCUAGAACGAGAGAUUGGUUCCUGAUGAGUUCACCAUUUCCCACAAUUGCCAUUAGUAUAACAUAUGCAUAUAUAGUUAAGAUUUUGGGUCCAAAACUAAUGGAAAACAGAAAACCCUUUGAAUUGCGCAAAGUUUUGGUCGUCUACAAUUUCCUACAGGUCUUGUUCAGCAUGUAUCUGUUCUAUGAGGCAUCAAUUGGUGGUUGGUUAAAUGGCUAUAGCUUCACGUGUGAACCUGUCGACUAUUCAUAUUCACCCAAAGCAAUUAGGACGGCGCGUGGUUGCUGGUGGUAUUUCUUCUCGAAAUUCACUGAAUUCUUCGAUACCUUCUUCUUUGUGAUGCGUAAACGUUACGAUCAAGUCUCCACGUUGCAUGUGAUUCAUCAUGGCAUUAUGCCUGUGUCCGUAUGGUGGGGUGUUAAAUUCACUCCCGGUGGUCAUUCGACAUUCUUCGGUUUCCUCAACACCUUUGUUCACAUUAUCAUGUACACGUACUAUAUGUUGGCUGCCAUGGGACCCAAAGUACAGAAAUAUUUGUGGUGGAAGAAAUAUUUGACAGUGUUGCAAAUGGUCCAAUUCGUUUUGGUCAUGAUCCAUUCGUUCCAAUUGUUCUUCAGAAACGACUGCAACUAUCCAAUUGGUUUUGCCUAUUUCAUUGGAGCCCAUGCCGUUAUGUUCUAUUUCUUGUUCUCCGAUUUCUACAAGAAGUCCUAUUUGAGAAGGGAUGCCAAGGAAAAAUCCAGAAAAGCCUAUGAAAAUGGCCUCAUGAAGGCAGCCAUGGAAAAUGGUAAACAUGAAAUCAAUGGCAACACCAAAUAUGCCCAAUCGAUCAACAACAAAUUGGACGGUUAUGCCGAGACGACGAGACAGAGAAUAAUUGCUGCUGCUGCUGGCAAAAAUUAACGCCCGGAGAGAGCAGGAAGCACGUCCAUCAACCCAAGCCAUUUUUGUUGUUCCAUUUGCAGAGAUACAAAAAGCGGUUUACUUCGUCUUCAUAAUUUAUUAAUUUUUUAAUAAAAAAAAAAACAAAAAAACACACACCAACCCUCCCCCCUCCAAAUAAUUUUAUUUAGUUUGUAAAGAAAAAAAAAACAAAAACACAAUUAGAUUUAAGUUUGUAUUGAUUAAAAGAAAAAGAACAAAUGAAAAAUAAGAGAAAUAAUUUAAAAUAAAGAUGUGGAAAGAUGUGAAACUUAAAAUACAAAAAACGAAAUCACAAGUCUCAUAUGUAUUGACAUUAGAAACGUUCCGUUCUCCUGCCGUUUAACAAAAAAAAAAAAACAAUAACAAGAAUAAUGCUCAUUAGGAAAAUAUAUGAAAAGAAGAAAUUGAAAUGUUGAAAAUGUAUGUUUGUUGUACAUUUAUUUAUUUAUUGUAAGGGUAGAGGAGGGAUAAGGCCGUCAAAGACAGUAUAUCAAAAUUCAGAAAGAAAAAUUGACGCCUGACGCUUUCAUUGUGUCCAUAACAUUAAAGGCCAAUCAAAAGUGUAAACGCCAUCUGAAGUAAUAUUCGAACACUAAAAUAUUGACAAUCAAGUGGCAGAAAAUCCAUGGCGCACCCUUGUCACAGCUGAUUAUUAGACUAGCUGUCAAAAAAAGUAUAUAAACCAAUAUUUAAUAUAAAGAAAAUAAAUUUUGAUCUUUAGUCUGAUUUUGAAGGCUUUAUAUUGGACCUUUUCAAGAUUCAUGAACAGUCCGAAGACUUAUUUUUUUUGCUUUCAAAAUAUUUGUUACUUUUUCAUAGAUUGAAAAAAAUUCAAUUAAGUUUUGACAGCUCAAAGAAAAUCAGCUGUUCUUCUUGGAUGACCAAAUAAAUGAACCCAUGGUAGAAGAAUAUAGGUAGACGCAUCGACACAUCUGCUGUGAAAAUGAACCAAUUUUGGAAUUGAAAAUAUUGAAUGAAAAAUUAUUUAAAUUUAAUUUAAAAAUUUUCGACAUAUAAAUGUUUCCAAGCGUUGAUGCAUCUACCUGUAUUCUUCUACCAUGAAUGAACCCCGAACCUAUCUAUACAAUAAUUUAAAAAUGCGACAUACAACAAAAACAUAAAACAACAUUUAAUGACAAAAUCAGUAUCUACUUUUUUCAUGCCAAAGAAAUUUGCCCCCCUUUAUCUGUGGUUACGGAAAGUAGCUGUAGUUUUGUCUCAAAUUUUGCCCCAUAUUUCCUCUUUUUUCAAAC